AUGGACGCCUUUAACGUAAAUGACGAUCUCUACCCUUUGGCACUCCUUAUGGAUGAAUUGAAGCAUGACGAUGUCGCCAAUCGUGUGGAAGCCAUGCAGAAAUUGGACACAAUUGCAAUCGCCUUGGGCCCAGAAAGAACAAGACAAGAAUUGAUGCCAUUUCUUCAUGAAGUUGCCCAGGACGACGAGGAGGAGGUCUUUGCCGUGUUAGCCACGAAAUUGGGUGACUUUGUCCCAUUCGUCGGUGGUCACCAACACUGCCAACAAAUCAUAUCAAUCUUGUCUGUUUUGGCCUCCUUGGAAGAACCUAUUGUGAGAGACAAGGCUAUUGCCUCGUUAAACAAAAUCUCACUAGAAUUAACUAACGACGAAUUGAAUGGCAUUUUCCUUCAAUUGAUUGAAACGUUAUCUACUGGGUCCUGGUUUUCAUCCAAAGUUGCCGCCUGUGCGUUGUACAAAUCAGUAAUCAUCAAAAUCAAUGGCGUUACCAGAAAGAAAUUAUUAACAUUGUACUUGAAGUUGGUCACCGAUGACUCUCCAAUCGUCAGGCGUUCCGCUGCUUCCCAUUUGCCUACUUUGAUUGACAAGCUUACAGAGUUCACAGCAGCCACCAAGAACAAUUCUGCCGACAAGGUAAACAAUCAAGACUGGGAGAUUAUCAGUCAGAUGUUCCAGUUCUUGAUCAAUGAUGACCAAGACUCGGUCAAGCACCUUAGUGUGGAAGUUUUGGUUUCCAUCUUGGAAUUCUUCCAGCUGGUCGAUGACCACUCCCAUAAUCUGGAAUUUCUUGUUUCUUCGUUAAAACUUGUCAACGACGAAAGUUGGAGGGUUAGAUACGCUGCUGCUGACAAGUUUGCCAGCGUAAGUAAAAAUUUUGUCUCCAACGAAAGCGAUUUGCUCAAGUUGGUUGACCCGUUCAUUCUGUUGAUGAAAGAUAACGAAGGUGAAGUGCGUAAGGCUGUCGCCAAGCAAUUGCCAGAAUUCUGCAAAUUGCUCCAUGAUAACGUCCAGAAUUCUGUAGAUAUUGUCUUAACUAAGAUUAUCCCAAUUGUUGACGAGUUGAGUCAAGAUCCACAAGAAAACGUGAGAGCUUCUCUUGCUUCUACCAUCACUGGAUUGGCCCCUAUCUUACAAAAGCAAUCCACUAUUGACAAUCUUUUACCUAUUUUCCUUAUGAUGCUCAAGGACGAGUUCCCAGAUGUAAGAUUGAACAUCAUUAGUAACUUAUCCGUAGUCAAUGAAAUCAUUGGCAUCAACUUGUUGUCCACCAACUUGCUUCCAGCGAUCACAGAAUUGGCACAAGACGAUAAAUGGAGAGUAAGAUUAGCAAUUAUUGAAUACAUUCCUAAAUUGGCAGACCAAUUGGGUGUGCUGUUCUUCAACGAUGAAUUGCUUUCAUUGUGCAUGUCAUGGCUUUGGGACCCGGUGUUCGCCAUUAGAGACGCGGCAGUGAACAACUUGAAGGAACUUACUAUAAUUUUUGGUUCACCAUGGGCAGAGAGAGAAAUCGUGGACAGACUUUUAAAUAACAAAUUUGAAAGCAUCGAUGAGAAGAUCGACUAUUCCAAUUUCAUCAUUAGAAUAACCUGUCUCUUUGCUAUAACAAAGUUGGUCCCUGUUAUCGACCAGCAGGUUAUUAUCAGUAAAUUGUUACCAUUUAUCGAUAACUUGGUUGCCGACAGAGUCCCAAACAUAAGGUUCAACAUCGCAAAGCUGUACUUGGUAGUGGCACAGACUUUUAAAACAACCGAUGACAACCUGGAACUCGAAAAACUAAUCAAGGCCGACAUUUUGCCUUCGUUAGAAAAGUUACAGAAUGAUAAUGAUGAUGAUGUUAGGUUUUUUGCAAGCAAGAGUAUUCAAGAAAUCUCUGUUUUAUUUUAA